AUGCCUUCUGAUAAAGAUAAACAAAUUUCAAAGGAUAGUGAGAAAAAAGAUAAUAGUUCAAUUGAAGAUCAACCUAUAAAAGAGGACAAACAUAUCGAAACUAAUCCAAAUACAAAUAUUUCACGACCAACGACAGACACAACACAAUCGACUGAUCAAGAAAAAAAUGAAAAAAUUGAUAGACCAACUGCAACAACAACAACUAAACCAGGAAUAAGUACAAUUAAAUCCAUUAUUAAUGAUAAUCCAUCUUCAAAUGUUACCACUGUAGAUAGUGGAACGACCACUGCAACCAGCACGGCUACUGUAACAGCAGAAUCGAGUGGGAUCAAAGGUGAUAAAUCGAAAAAUUCGUCAUUAACCUCUAUGAGAGAUCAUAUACUUUUCAAAUUGGGGUUAAAUGAUAAAACAGAAGAUAUAUCGGAUACUAUUCUACAAAAUUAUCUAACUUUUGAAACUCAUAGAUUAAACAAAGAAGCAGAAGAUAUAAGACAUAAAAAUUUGGAAUUACUCCAGAAAUCCAUUGAAUUUAUAAGUUCGAGUGGGUUUUCCAAUGAUUCUCUUAAUAAAUUGUUAGAUUUCAUCGAUCCAUAUAGAGUAACCGGUUCUCGCACAUCGACAACGGCAGCAGAAUAUGCCCCUCAGUUGGGGUCUCCAUUAAGUAAGAGAAGAAGACUAGAUCAAGAUCCUUCUAGAAACCAACAAAGUUUAUUGCAUGAAUAUGCCUCGAAUGUGAAUGUAAGCCCAUCUUUUACAGCUACAAAUAGUCAAAGACCAUCAAGACAAAAUAGUAUAUCUGCAAGUAAUGCUUUUCCGAUUCAACAAAGGCCUGCUACCGCAUCUUCCGUCUUACAACAACCUCAAACAUUUAUUCCAUUGAAUAGCAAUACGUCUCCUUAUUUACAUCCACAACAACCAUAUAUGACUACAUACUCUCCUGUUCAAGGAACAAGUGCAAAUUUAGCUGCUACUGGGAAUACUAGUCAAGCUUCUACGAUACAAGGCCAAAAAUAUUUUACGCCCACAACAGCACCUGCAGGCAAUCAAGUUGGACAACCUAUUAUGGUUUUGGCGCCAGGGUUUAAUCAAACUCAAAAUCCACAACCUACUUAUAUACAACAACUACCUUAUCAACAGGGCCAAUUACAACCUCAACAGCAACAACAGCAAUAUUUGAGACCUGGUAUUGCAAAUCAACCUUUAUCUUAUUCAAUACCUGUUGAUGCUACUCAAAGAAAUAGAAAUAUGGGUCAUAGAAGAUCGUAUAGUACAAAUGUUUUACCGCAAUCAACAACUUCAUCAAAUAUAAAUCCUAAUAUAAGUAGUAGGUCGCCAGGUCGUAUGACACAAAUAUCUCCACAAAGGCCGAUGAAUUUUUUAAUUCAUACACCGAAACAUCCUCCACCUAAAUAG